UAAAUCAUUAAAAACUGAACCAGAAAAUGCGAAAGCCUUUGAAUGGAAUAUGAUAAAUGUCGAAGGUAGAAGAUUGUUAAUGAAAAGUGGAUUUAAUCAAAGGUCUGAUGAAUGUUUAGGAAGGAUGGUGGGGCAAAUUGAAGAAAGUAUGGAUAAAGGUGAUGAAAACGACAAAAGCGAUUGUGUGCAUGUGAUAGCCGUAAGGAGAUUUAAAACAAUCGAAAAUGAUAUACAAACCUUAAAAGGAGGCGAUAGAAUGAUGAAAGGUCAAACCGAUCAGAAUAAAUUAUGUGAAGGGCGAUCUUUAAAAAAAGAUGAACAAACCUCUAAGGAGGAGCAUGAAUUAGAAUUUCUGGACAAUGUGGAAAAAUUUUGUCAAAAUCUGAUUAAAACUAAAGAACAAUCAGAGUUAUUGAACCCAGUAUUAAUAAAUGAAGUAUCAAAAACAUUCGCCUUUAGUUUAUCUGAAUUGGAACAUACCGAUUUGGUGAAAUACGAAGUAAGGACUGAGGAUUCUGAAAUACUGCCUAUGAAAUUGAGACCUAUAAGGAUUGACAAUCCAAAAAGGGCUCGAUUAUUUGAAGAACAUUUGAAGCAAAUGAUGAAGUAUAGGUUGCUGGAGGAAGGAAAAGGGCCGAAUGCGUAUCAUUGUUUUCUGGUGGAUAAGAAGGAAGGCAGAACUGAUCGAAUCCGUGCCGUUGGAUAUAUGAAACCAACACAUCAACAUAUAAUAAAG